CAAAGCUCUCAGUCCCCAACUAAACCAGAUCACUCUUCCGGUGAUCUUCCCUUUCCAGCUCUCUCAAAUUUUGAUAGAGAGAAGAAGUAAUCGGAGAGGAGGACAUUGGCGGGAUAAUUUCCGGCAACCACCAGCGAUGAAGCCCUCGGGGGGCUGCUCCCCGCCUCGAGGCCAGCAAUGGCCUGCACUUGCCGUGGCACUGGCCUUGGCAGUGGUCUCUUGCAGUGUAGGCUCAGCCUCUGCUGAUGCCUAUCCCUACUAUUCUCCUCCCCCGCCUUAUGUGUACAAGUCACCACCACCCCCUUCGCCUUCCCCGCCACCACCUUACGAGUACAAAUCGCCACCUCCGCCAUCGCAUCCCUCCCAGCCGCCUUACAUGUACAAAUCUCCUCCGCCACCAUCCCCAUCUCCACCACCACCUUACGUAUACAAGUCUCCUCCACCACCACCUUACAAGUAUAAGUCACCGCCACCACCAUCACCGUCUCCUCCACCUCCGUACGUCUAUAAGUCGCCGCCGCCGCCCUCCCCAUCACCUCCACCUCCAUACGUCUACAAGUCCCCGCCGCCGCCCUCUCCAUCACCACAUCCUCCUUAUAUCUACAAGUCUCCCCCACCACCCUCGCCUUCACCGCCACCACCUUACGUCUACAAGUCUCCGCCACCGCCGUCUCCAUCCCCGCCACCACCGUACUACUAUAAGUCUCCACCACCACCGGUGAAGUCUUCAUCACCACCGUACUACUAUAAGUCUCCGCCACCACCUUCACCUUCUCCUUCACCACCAUACUACUACAAGUCUCCUCCACCACCAUCUCCAUCACCUCCCCCACCUUAUUACUAUAAGUCACCGCCACCACCUACGCACUCUCCUCCGCCACCAUAUUAUUACAAAUCUCCACCACCGCCUUCGCCAUCUCCACCUCCUCCGUAUUACUACAAGUCUCCGCCACCACCAUCACCGUCUCCCCCUCCACCCUACUACUACAAAUCUCCUCCACCACCUUCUCCGUCGCCUCCUCCGCCGUACUACUACUCAUCUCCACCACCACCUAAGCACCCCCUCCCUCCACCUUACUACUACUCAUCACCACCACCCCCGAAGAAAUCUCCAUCGCCGGCACCAUACUACUAUACAUCUCCACCGCCACCACCAAAAUCCCAUCCUCCUCCUUACCAUUACCCUUCUCCACCACCGCCGGUCCCUUACCACCAUGAGUUGGUGGUCAAGGUAGUGGGGAAAGUCUACUGCUACAGAUGCUAUGAUUGGGAACAUCCGACCAAGUCUCAUGACAAAAAGCACCUCAAAGGUGCUGUUGUGGAGAUUACGUGCAAGGCAGGUGAGAAGAAGAUCAAGGCCUAUGGCAAGACUAAGAUCAAUGGUAAAUUCAGCAUCAAGGUCGACGGCUUUGACUAUGGCAAGUAUGGAGGAGCCAAAGCCUGCAAGGCCAAGCUUCACGCCCCGCCAAAGGGCUCACCCUGCAAGAUCCCGACAAACUUGCACCUGGGCAUCAAGGGUGCAUCCUUGAAGGUGAAAUCAAAGAACGAGUACGAGGUUGUUCUAUAUGCUAAACCGUUUGCUUAUGCUCCCAAGACUCCAUACGAAGAGUGCAAGAAGCCGAAGCCCACUCCACCGGCUCCUUACUACUACACUUCCCCGCCACCUCCAGCACCCACCUAUGUCUACAAAUCACCGCCGCCUCCACCCCCAAUGUACGUGUAUAAGUCCCCGCCUCCGCCGGCUUACAUGUAUAAAUCACCGCCACCCCCGUCGCCCGUAUAUGUUUACAAGUCACCUCCUCCUCCACCAUACGUCUAUAAGUCCCCACCUCCACCACCGCCGACCUACAUCUAUAAGUCCCCUCCUCCACCACUGUACGUCUACAAGUCUCCCCCGCCACCACCGCCAACUUACAUUUACAAGUCGCCGCCUCCACCACCAUAUCUAUACAAAUCCCCACCGCCACCACCACCUAAAUACAUUUACAAAUCCCCUCCUCCACCACCAUAUGUCUACAAAUCUCCACCACCACCAUCUCCAUCCCCACCACCACCGUACUAUUACAAAUCGCCUCCUCCACCAUCUCCCUCACCACCUCCUCCAUACUACUACAAGUCACCUCCCCCACCGGUGAAACAUCCAUCACCGCCAUACCAUUACAUGUCCCCUCCUCCACCGGUGAAGUCUCCUCCACACCCAUACUACUACAAGUCACCUCCCCCACCGGUGAAACAUCCAUCACCGCCAUACUAUUACAAGUCACCUCCCCCACCGGUGAAACAUCCAUCACCGCCAUACUAUUACAAGUCCCCUCCCCCACCGGUGAAACAUCCAUCACCGCCAUACUAUUACAUGUCCCCUCCUCCGCCAGUGAAGUCUCCUCCACACCCAUACUACUACAAGUCACCUCCCCCACCGGUAAAACAUCCAUCACCGCCAUACUACUACAAGUCACCUCCCCCACCGGUGAAACAUCCAUCACCGCCAUACUAUUACAUGUCCCCUCCUCCGCCAGUGAAGUCUCCUCCACACCCAUACUACUACAAGUCACCUCCCCCACCGGUGAAACAUCCAUCGCCACCAUACUAUUACAUGUCCCCUCCUCCGCCGAUGAAAUCUCCUCCACCACCAUACUACUACAAGUCACCUCCCCCGCCGAUGAAACAUCCAUCACCGCCAUACUACUACAAGUCUCCUCCUCCACCUUCACCGUCUCCACCACCUCCAUACUACUACAAGUCCCCACCUCCACCACCAAUGAAGUCUCACCCACCACCUUACUACUACAAGUCCCCUCCACCUCCAUCACCCUCUCCACCACCACCGUAUUACUACAAGUCCCCCCCUCCACCAUCUCCUUCACCACCUCCACCCUAUGUCUACAAGUCACCGCCACCGCCAUCUCCUUCUCCACCACCACCCUACUACUACAAAUCUCCACCACCUCCAUCACCAUCACCUCCUCCUCCAUAUUUCUACAAGUCUCCCCCACCUCCAUCAUCAUCGCCUCCUCCUCCCUACAUCUACAAGUCUCCACCGCCACCAUCACCAUCUCCUCUACCACCAUACAUUUACAAGUCCCCGCCUCCACCAUCCCCAUCGCCUCAUCCUCCAUACCUCUACAAGUCUCCACCACCACCAUCACCAUCUCUUCCAUCACCAUAUGUUUACAAAUCACCUCCUCCUCCGUACAUCUACAAGUCUCCACCACCACCAUCACCAUCUCCUCCACCACCAUACAUUUACAAGUCCCCUCCUCCACCAUCCCCAUCGCCGCCUCCUCUAUACAUCUACAAGUCUCCACCACCACCAUCACCAUCCCCUCCACCCCCUUACCACUACAAAUCUCCACCACCUCCAUCCCCAUUACCUCCACCGCCAUACCACUACAAUUCUCCUCCCCCACCUUCCCUAUCACCACCACCUCCUUACCACUACCAAUCCCCACCGCCUCCUCCACCCUCUCCGCCACAUCCGUACCACUACAAGUCACCACCACCUCCAUCGCCCUUUCCACCUCCUCCGUAUGUUUACAAGUCUCCACCACCCCCUUCACCAUCACCACCUCCUCCAUACCACUACUCAUCACCUCCACCGCCCAUGAAGUCACACCCUUCACCAGUUUACAUCUACGCAUCACCUCCUCCUCCAACACACUACUAAGCUCAAAAAGCUUAGCCACAACUUAAGCUCAGUCAUAUUUUAGAUUGAAGAAUGUAAUAAAAGAGGGCUCCAUGAAAGAGAGUUUUAUACAUGUCGAUUCACAAAAUAAGCGUCCGAGCAUUUUCUUUGAGCGCAACCUUUCAGAGUCGGACCGAGACAUUACUUCCGCUCCUGCUUAUUCUCUUGUGGGCAUACUGCGCCUCAUGAUUGUUGUAUCAAGUCUCAACAUCAAUGGUCCCUUCGGAGGCUUCUUUUCAAUUGGGAAGAAAAGGCAAAAGCAAGUGGGAGCUCUGGAGAUGUGCAUAUUAUAUAUAGAAACAUGGAAGUGCUCCCUGGUUUCUGUGGUUCCUUUUUCACCUUCGAAAAUUUUCUCUUAGAUGUAUUGCCUUAAUUUAUUAUUUGUAUAUUUUCUCUUAGAUGUAUUGCCUUAAUUUAUUAUUUGUAUAGUCUACUCUGGAGCUGGUUUGCUAUUUGUCAACGUUAAUUUGUUUCUUGGACCUCGACAACCCUCUUGUGUUAUGUGCCACGCGAGUCUGCAUUUUAAAUAAAAGAGAAGAAAAUUCUUUCUCCAAA